AAUUCUUCAAAUUGAGUCUCUCGUUUUUUAUUUCUUUUUGGAUCCAUAGUGAUCAUCAUCAUCAUAAUAAUCAUCGACAUUAAAAGUUAUUGAAUUUUCAGUGGAUCAUCAUCAUCAUACAUGAAUUGAUCAAGUUUUUAUCCUUCAAGUUGUUUCAAAUAACAACAACGAUAACGACAUUGAAUCAUCAUUUGGAAUCUGUUUUUAAAAAAUAACAGAAUUAAAAGGUUCCAAUUGAGACAAAAUUCAUCUUUUUUUCAUUUCUUCAUUCAUCAACCCAUCCCCUACCAAUCAUCAUCAUCAUCCAUAAGUGAUAAGAUUCAUUUUGUUUUUUUUUGUUGCUGUUAUUGGUGGUGAAUUGAAAUCAACGACCAAAAAAUGAAAUUCAUCAUAAUCAAUAUGAAUAUUUUAAUGAUUAUCAAUAUUAUCAUUGGCUGUUGGUUAGCCGGUCAAGCUUUUGCCUAUGUUGAGGCAUUAGCAGCUAAUCUUGAUACAGCACAAUUAGGUCAUUUUCAGCCAAUGGUUGCCAUAUUAUGUGGACAUGGUAAAUACCAUAAUCAAUUUCUUAAUGAAGAUAAUAAAUGGAUAACAGAUAUGGAUUCAAGAGCUGUUUGUACGAAAAAUACAUUGGAAAUAUUGGAAUAUUGUCGAAAGGUUUAUCCGAAAAAAGAUAUUCGUAAUAUUGUCGAAUCGAACAAAUAUUAUCGUAUUGAAUGGUGUAAAGUUGGCCAAACAAAAUGUAAAACGAAACAUUAUGUUAAGCCUUAUCGAUGUUUAGAAGGAAGCUUUCAAAGUGAUGCAUUAUUGGUACCUGAACAUUGUGUCUUCGAUCAUAUACAUAAUAAAAGUUUAUGCCAGAAUUCACAAUAUUGGAAUCAUACAGCAAUAAUUAGUUGCUCUACACGUAAUAUGAAAUUACAAAGUUAUGCAAUGCUUUUACCAUGUGGUGUUGGAAUAUUUUCCGGUGUUGAAUUUGUUUGUUGCCCACAUUCUUCAUCAUCAAUGUCCAUGAAUCAUGUAGCAGGUGCGGCUGCUGCUGCUGCUGCUGCUUCUACUUCGAAUAUUCAUUCUUCUGGAUCUAACAAUGAUUAUUGGUCAUCGAAAAAACAUAAUACAUUAUCAGCUCAAAAUCAAAUGGAUGAUAUGAGCGAUACUGUUAGCAAUAAUAAUAAUAGAUAUAAUAAUAUUAAUAGAAAAUCUGAUGAUAUUUAUAAUGAUCAAUCAGAUUCAUCGGAUGAAGAUCAAAAUGAUGGCGAUAAUAAUAACGAUGAUAAUAAUAUUAAUGGUGAUGGUGGUGGCCAAGAUGAUGAUUAUUAUGAUGAUGAUUUUGAUGAUGAUAGUGAUGUUGAAGAUUUACCAUCAACAAGAUCACCAAGCACAACAACAACAACAACUACUACAACAACAACGACAACAACCGAAACACCAAUAAAAUAUUAUCUAAGCCAUUUUAAUUCACAAAAAGAACAUCAAGCAUUCAAAGAUACACAAAAAGCAUUAGAUGAUGAUCAUAAAUUAAAGGUUACAAAGGUUAUGAAAGAAUGGAGCGAAUUAGAAGAACGAUACCAGGAGAUGCGUAUCAAAGAUAUGAAAAAAGCAGAUGAAUUCAAAAAACGAAUGACAAAUCGUUUCCAAAAAACAGUUGAAGCACUUGAAGAAGAAAAUUCGGCAAAAAAACGACAAAUUAUUUCAAUGCAUCAACAACGUGUAAUGUCAAUUAUUAAUAUGCGUAAAAAAUCAGCAAUGGAUUGUUAUACACAAUCAUUGGAUGAAAUUAUACCGAAAGCAAAAAAGAUUGAAAAAUGUUUGAAAAAAUUAUUACGUGCAUUAGAAAAAGAUCGUAUGCAUACAUUACAUCAUUAUAAACAUUUAUUGAAUUCAUUCACUAAACAAGCAUUAAAAGAUAAGAAAGCAAUAUUAGAUCAUCUUACCGAUCUAAUCAAAAUGGCAAAUCAAAGUAUACAGAUGUUAGAUCGUGUUGCAAUCGUUGCAGAUAAAAUCAAAUUCCGUAUGAUUGCCUAUUGGCAUAAUUUACGUGGUGUUCCAAUUGAACGAACAAUUUCACAUGAAACUGAACUUAACAUUAUGAAUCGUUAUGAAGAAGAAGUGGCACAAAAACAAAUCGAACGUGAACGACAAAAAAGCUUAGAAGAAUUGAAUCGUGAACAAAAAGAAUUGGAUGAACAAGAACAACGUCAGAAUAGUGAAACAGUAAAUAGCUCACAACAGCAACAAAGUAAAUCAUCAAAUCGUUAUCAAUAUGAUCCCGAAUCAAUGGAAGAUGAAAAAACAUCAGCUCAAGCAUCUGAUGAUGAUAAUGUUAAUGAUGCAUCAUCAUCAUCAUCAUCAUCAAGUUCAUCGACAACUAAAUCAGCAAUGGUUUCAUCAUCAUUAUCAUCAUCAACAUCAACAUUGUCACCAAUUGUCGAUGAUUUCUGGAGCCAAGAAGAUCCUGAAUCAAAUGAAAUAAAUCGGGUUGCCCAUUCAAAUCAACCAUUAUAUAUACAAAGCCAAUCUUUUCAUCACAAUGAACCGAGUUUUACAUUAAAACGUGAACAUUAUCAUUCAAAAAUGAAAUGGAACGGAAGUGUUUAUCUUACAUUGGCAUUCGCUGGUAUCGCAUUGUUAACGGCAACAAUCGUUGGUGUUGUAUUAUUACGUAAACAUACACAAACAUCACCACAUGGUCAAGGUUUUAUUGAAGUAAAUCAAGCAUCAACACCGGAAGAAAAACAUGUUAUCAAUAUGCAAAUCAAUGGCUAUGAAAAUCCAACAUUUAGAUAUUUUGAAACACAAGAAGAUUAAUAUUUUGAAAAUAAAAAUAAUAAACAGCUGAAUAGAGAAGAAUUCUACAUCAUAAAACAAUGACAUUUAUAAUGAUCACAAAAAUACACAUUCUCACAUCCAUAAACUCUCUCUCUCUCUCUCUCACAUACACACAUCCCAUAUACACAAUGUAAUACCAGUGUGUUAUUUCCUAAUUAAUCAUAAUGAUAUUCCGUGGAUAUUCUUAAUCACUAUUUUCAUUAUAGUCAUUAUUUUUGGACCAAAAUUCUUAUUAUUAUGCCAUCAUCGAUUUGAAUUUUGUUCUUUCUAAUUGUUUACCAACAUUCUUCGGUUUCCUUUCUAUUUUAUUCCAUUUUAUUUUUUUUUUCAUUUUCGUCUUCACAUCACACACAUUUAUAUAUAAAUUAUAUCAGCCAAUCAACACAAAAAAAACCUAGGCCAUGUCGAUGAAUCCUGUGUGUGUGUGUGUGUUUUUCUCAUUCAAAAUCUUUUU